AUGGCUGAGAUGCAAGUCCAAACCGAGCCCCUUCCUAUCGGCAAGGCUUCGGCUGAGCUGCAAGCAAACUCUGCAGUUGCGGCUCCAGCUCAAGCCAAGCCCCAGUCUGAAGCUCCAGCUCCGGCUGCACAGCAGCAAAAGCGAGGUCCAUCCAUCCACCAGAUAUACGCGCUUCCUGCACCCAUCCGAACCUUUCCCCUCCCAGCUUUCUACCCCAACAACCCAAUUUCGCUGGUUCACGUUGCAUACGCAUGGCUGGGCCAGGUUUUCCGACCACCGCCCGCAGAGCCUGCUGUGAUCCACCAAGGCGUCUGGUCUGAGACGACAAUCUCAGUACACAUCAAAGAUGAAAAGUCUAUGAGGGCCUUGUGGGAGCAAGGCUUCUAUGGCAAGGGCAACCUGAGUCGCAGUGAACCCAACUGGCUGAAGAGAGAACAAGUCCAAAGAGGACUCCAGGAAAUGCAUGUCAGCGAGAUCUUUACGCAGCAAAGACGAGACGAGCGAGCUCAAGCCAAGUGGGAGCGUGCGCGACUGGAGCAAGAAGCCAUUUUGCAGACAAGGCUAGAAGAGGAGCGACUGGCUGCAGAGAAAGCCAAGGUGGUGCCAGACUCUACUCUGAGCUUCGUUGCACCAGUUGGUCCGUUGGAACUCCUCGCACUUCCAAACUCAGCGGUCGUUGUAUCACGCCUGGAGUCGAUUCUGAAGCCCCUAUUGCAUUUUGCACCUGUUGGACCGCUCCAGCUGUUGGCGCUGCCAAACUCUGCUGCCGAUCUUGCCAAGCUUGCCAAAGUAAAUGCGUCCAAAGCCAACGAGCCGUCUUCGCCUCAUGGUUCUUCAACAGAAGACUCCGAAGAGCCCCGGACUCCCAUCACCAACGAAACUCCAGAAAUCUUUAGAGACGAUAGAUCUGUAAUUUCAUCGAGUGAUGGCGCGGGAAAUAAGACGUUGAACCGCAGAAAGAGCGUACGAUUCUCUCCCACCGUGGAAUCGGCUACGUACAAGGCCACCGAUCCUCCAAGCCCCAACCGCUCGCCUCCCGUGUCGUAUUCCGAACCAUCCCAAGCUAAUAGCAAUGGCAACGCAAUUAGCCAAACCCUGCCUUCACUUCCAUUGGCAAGCGUACCCGUGUCCGACCCCAUCAUCAACAAGGAACAUCUCCAGUUGACGCCAGAGGAAGCCUUCUUUCUUUCAUUUGGCCUUGGCGUGCUAGAAGUUACCGAUCCUGCAUCUGGCAGAGUGCUGUCGCGCCAAGAGCUAUUUUCCCUAUUCCGCCAAUACUCUUACUUCCCUCCCCGCAAUGGCCCUGAUGAACCUGAUCUGGAACCGGACGAUGGAUUCUUGGUUCACUACGCUGUGUACCAUCAUUUCAGAUCAUUAGGAUGGGUUCCUCGCGGGGGCAUCAAAUUUGGAGUUGAUUGGCUUCUUUAUACCCGGGGACCAGUGUUUGAUCACGCCGAGUUUGGCCUGAUUGUGAUUCCCUCGUAUUCAGAUGCGUGGUGGAAGAAGCAAGGAAAACAAGGCCCGCGAAAGCCUUGGUCGUGGCUGCACAGCGUUGUACGCGUCUUGUCCCACGUCACCAAGAGCUUGGUGCUGAUUUAUGUGGACGUACCACCUCCGCACAAGUUUGAAGAGGGGUUGAAGAAUGGUAUCACGGAGGCGAUGAAAUUGUACAAGAUCAGAGAGGUUAUGGUAAAGAGAUGGUCGAGCAAUCGAAAUCGAUGA